AUGCCGGCCGUCCCCGAGAGAAUCGAAACCACCAUUUUCCGGGGCGACACCAAAAAGACCAUCGUGUCGGCCAUCAUGGAUCUGCGCGUGGUCGGCGGGCUCGGUGACGUCAUGAUGAACGUUGCCAGGGACCUGACCCUGGAGAUGAAAAAUUUCGGGUACACCGGCAGGUGUUUGCUUGGAGACCCGGACAGUGAUUUUCAACACAAUAUACAGAGCUACCAACUCGAAGCGUGCUUCAACAUUUUCGGUGGCUGUGCGUACCAGGUACACGCCAUGAAUGAUAAAUCCCGCUUCGCUCACAUCCUUCCCGGUCUGCACGACGUAGACGUCAGAGGAUCGGUGAAACUCGUCGGUGGGAAAGACGGGAAGGGACGGUGCGCACAGCCGUUUGAGCGAAUCUCCAUAGACCAGCUAUUCGAAACACAGGCCCCAAACCCUCUCGACGAACCGGGCGUUCUCGCACACGUCCUCAAAAAAAUAUGUACCAUCGUGCGCAGACGCCUGUUAAGGUCCGAUCCCCCUCUUCGCUACGACAGGCACAUCAACGACAACCCCUUCCCCGACAGGGUAGAUGUGUUACAUGCACCUGUGUCUUCCUCGCGCAGACCGGGAGUUUUGCACGAAGAGGUUGUCGGCGACCAUUUCCUCCUGGUGAUUGUUGAUGAGGUCGAUCUAUUGAAGGUUCAGGUGGAAGUCAGAGCGAAGCUCGGGAGCGUGGUCGGGGUAGAUCACGUGUUUGAGCUCAUAUUUCCGGUGGAAGACUGGCUCAGUGAUGGAAGAUGCGAGCCCAUGGAACACAUCGGCGGCCUGUUUGUGCCACCCAAGAAGGAACUGUUUUUCCAAAACAUGACGUCGGGCAUCGAAAGGGCGCGCCUGAGCAGACACGCGACUUGGCUCGCCGACAAGUACCACGCUGUCGGAAAGUGCGCGCAGGACGUGCUUAGGCUCACCUACAUCAUUCUGACAGACCUCGAUGCAGAAAAGUCGUGGGUUAACACUCCUGCAUAUGAUGACGUUGUUGCUCAAUUACCCCGCACACACGAGUUAAAUCUUGCGGCAGGGCGGUACGCCUGGGCCUUUCACAAACAGACACCAAUAGAGUACUUUGCUCAGUACAUGAAGUACAUGGCGCCUUGUAUAGAAAGGUCCCGUGUCGGGACAUUUGGACUAGGUGAAGACGACAAGUUCGACCACAUGUCAAACCACGGGGCGCCCGUAUUUUUGCGGGAGAUCCUGGAACUUUUCACGAGCUUCACGGAGGGCAGUCCGAUGAAUGCUGCGUUAGAAGCCGCUUCCGACAGGGUGCGGGACGUCGGAAUGUCUCGCAAUCGAGCCGUGGGCCCCGACCUGCACCCGCUCAGAGUCUGGGAAACUCACGUGGAAAAUAUGGAACGCGCUAGAGCGGCACGACUCCGCAGGAUUCAGGACGGUAACAAGAUGGAUCUGUCAGCCGAAUACGGCCCUCGCGCGCAACCGCUGGUCUACUGCCUUCCCGAUGAAGCAUUUAAGGGUGUCGUCCGUCCGCUCAUCGAACACGGUGCAGCCAGGGGGGAACAAUCCGACGUGUUGGGUCUCUUACCAGCACUUGGAGAGGACGGGGGGUUGGGAUAUCGUGGUGAGCGGGAUCGUACUCUGCUCCAGGCGGCCGCAAGAGGAGGGUGCGAUGAGGUGAUUCGUGCUCUAUUGCAAACCGAUGCCAAACACGAACUCAACCUGAGUUUUCCGUAUGUGUACUCCCCUCUCUUCUACGCAGUACAAUACUGCGUCUACGUAGAGCCCGGGAGUGACAAGGCAGCGUUUGCGUUGAUAGAGGCAGGCGCAGACUGUAAGUAUUGUCACAGGGGUGGUUUUGAGAAGGAGAUGAUCCAAUUUGCCGUGGAGGCGGGAAACGUUCGUCUGGUGCGCACGCUGCUGGAAGGCGGGGCACCUGUAGACGCAUUCAGAGGACACGACGGUGACCCCAAGGCUCUCGGUCGCACCCCCUUGCAGAUAGCCUGUCGUGAGGGCAUGGGCCCUGAGAUGGUACAAUUGCUACUCGAAUGGGGCGCGACCGCGACGGGUGGUGACUGUUAUGCUCUAUCAGACACCAUCGAUGAGUAUUUCCGGAGUCGCGAGAAGUCCUCGUUGGACACGAUUGACCUCCUUCUCAAGUACGGCAGUGAUCCGAAAGAAGGGCUUGAUCGUGCUUGGCGUGACGUGGUCAUCCUUGAGAAACUGAUCGACGGAGUGGACGUUAAUGAUAUAUCGUACUGCUGGGAUUUUCCCCUUAACGAGGCUGCCUCGAAAGGGACACCUGCCACCAUUCGUUUACUGGUAGAGAACGGCGCGGACUCAAACCUGAUGGGGCGUGGUGGAUUUACACCUCUUGCGAAUGCCGUUCGGAAUGGAAUGCACGAGAACGCGCGGGCUUUGCUGUGUCUUGGUGCGAGGGUGGACGAUCAAUGUCUAGGGCUCACGCCAUUGUUAAUCGCCUGCCAGCGGAAGCUUCUAGAGGAAAUCUAUGUGGCGGAUCUGAAUGCAUGCAUUUCUGUUCUCGUCGGUUUCGGAGCUGAUGUAGAGGCUUUGUCUCACGACGGGAAGACCAUCGGGCAGUUGAUUGACGGGGGAAAUGGGUCUGAUGCGAUGAAACCCUCGGGCGCGUUCAACUGGCUCCGAAAAAUAUCUUUGAAAACCUCAACUGAAGCAACCAUGGACCUCAUUGAAAACAUGCAUGGCGCCACUAUUCGCGUAGACAAAAAUGAGCAGGUGGGAAGCGUGAUAGACACCAUACGGAUGGUGCUUGGGGGAGACUCGAGUGCAGCAAAUACCUCCUUAAAUCGACUGAUUUUAGCCAACGAAGAGUUAGGUACUCGAUGUACCCAACUCCGAAUCAAUGGAAAAGGAAAGUUCACACCAGUCGCCGACGCCAAGACGCUCAUCGAAAUCGUGUGGCUGCUGCCUGGCAAGAAAGCACGCGAGUUCCGUCGCCAGUCGUCGGAGAAGGUGUGUCGUCUACUCGGCGGUGACCUGAGCCUCGUGUCCGAGAUCGAGGCCCGCCACGCCACCCUGCAGAGCACCGAACAGGGGCGCGCAACUCAAGAAUUCCUCCUAGGUGAACGAGAAGAGGCGGUCGAAACCUUCGAUGGCAUGCCGGCUGGCUUCAGGUACCUGCCUGUGGAAGAUCGCGCACAGUUCGCCAAGCAAAUGCUUGAGUUGAACCUUGAGAUGAGCAAAGUCGCCCUCAAAAGAAAGAGGGUCGAUGACAUGGUACAGAGCUACCGUGCACUGCAAGAUCUCGGUGUCCUUCUCGACGGACGCACCCUGAUCGAGUUACGUGAUAACGUGACGAUCCUUAGCCGCCAAGACGUCAUGGUCAAUAAUGCGGUGGCUAUCGCCGCUCCGCUACUACACGACAGCACCACGCCAACACACGAGCUUGGCGCUGAUCAGCGGGGAAAAGAGACGGGAAUCGUGGUCGUGUCCUCCAAAAUCGGUAUCAGGGUUCCCCAAAACAUGUCUGGAACGGUCGGGAAAAUGAUGAAACAGAUGUACAUCAGGAAAUACGAGCUUGCUCCCGACUUCAGCGGUUUCGCUAGGAGGCAGACUUUGUUCAAUGGUAGGCCGAUUCUCGAAAAUCUGUAUUUUGAAAGAGACGAAGACAUCAUUGAGGAAGCCAUCAGGGCAGUCAUGAAAUCACCCGCCAAACCUCGGCAAUCGAUUUUUAAGUGGGCGACACAAAACGACAGGAUAAAUCCGAAUGUUAUCAGAUAAAGGGCGAUACUUGUUUUAUACUGAUCUAUAUUUUUGUUUCAGGGUUAAUCAUAGUUAUUAUUUUGCGUUUUUUUAUGUUGAUGAAGAAAUAUGGACAAAUGUCGUCUCCUCUAACCACGCCACCAGGCACGCCUCCGAGCCAGCGCGUGCGCCAACCUCCGCCUGUGCGACGUAGUAGCACUCGUAUCCGAAGGCAGGAGACCUACGAUUGUUUCGGGGACCACGGCGCGGAGGAAUUGUCUCCAGUACAGGCGCUUGGGAAGCUGAGCGCCGUCGCGAUGUUGACGACCGCGCGCGUUGGAUACCCGGGAGAAGACGCGUCGAUGGCGCAAGCAAGACCACACUUAUCCGAGGUUAAUAAGAGGGGUCUCGUUACGACAGAUUCGCAGAUGGGAGCGAAAAAGCAGAUAACCCACCAUUUUGACGGACACGUUCUCAAUCCUCCGGUGACGCAAUGGCAACGAUCGUACAUCAGCGGCAUCUUGGCAAAAGGCCUUGGGCAAAAAUUUGAGCAAAAUAUGCGGUUGGUUGAUGGCGUAGAAUUUUUCAUCGGUCGGCACGGCCAUGGGCCGCCUCAUUCCUUGACACAUUAUAUACCUGUCACGAUGACACACCAAAAUGACGAUCCUGUAUUUGACACUAGGGUUCCUAUGGCGACGUACACUCUUGGUGAUGAUUUAUCCAACCUUUUGCCCGAGGUUAGGCAUGUAGUGCAGAGCGAAACCUGUACAAGGAUUGUAGAAGAAGACGCUCUCCUGGUUGAAAUCGUGGACAUGAUUUGGGGAAGGCCGUUUUGGUUGUUUGAGAAAGUGAAAGAAGUUCUUGACGAGGUGAUUGCUGAAAACAACUGAGUACGGGGUAUGCACUACCAAGGCUCACGCAACGCUAAAAGUCCGAAGUCCAAAAACGGUCGCAUUCAAGAGAUAUCUCAAGUGAAACAUCCCGAAAACAGGAGGAUAUCGAUAUCUUGCUCUUUAUUGAAAACAAAUCAAGUUGCUCCGCCAUCUGAGUCCAAGCAUCGAAUGCGUAUAGACUUUGCGGACCUGAUGCAAAAACUCCGAGGUCAAAAGGACUAUUCUGUGAGGAGUUAUCGACAUUUUUGAUAUUCGUCCGAAACGGUACCUACUGCGACGUCGGAACCAACCGCGUUUCCCGUCCGCUGUCCCCCGCGCAUUUGUCUUCCACGCUCAUAACUCGUCAACCCGGUGUCCCCAGAUCACCGGAGGCAUCGCGAUCGAGGGCGGAGACACCAAAGAGCAAGUGCUGAAGAUCUGGGAAGCCAGAGGAAGAUGCGGACUGAUCACCCCGUCAAUCCUACCGAGUACGAAAACUAGAGUUGAAGAUGCUGAUUAUUAAAGGUCGAUUUAGUGCUUCGGGUGUAAAGUAAAGACGUUUCGCUUUACAAAACCUCACCAUUUCGUCCGCUGGCCAUGAAACUUGGCACAGAGAUGCGGCUGACCGAUGCCGAUUUUUUGGCGGCAAAACGAAGGCAAUCGAAAAUGAUGCUGAAUUUUGAAGCCCGAUUCAAGAUUCACAGCAGCGUGUGUACACUUCAAACUGUAUCUCGAUAUCUUUAUUGAAAACAAAUCAAGUUGCUCCGCCAUCCGAGUCCAAGCAUCGAAUGCGUAUAGACUUUACGGACCUGAUGCAAAAACUCCGAGGUCAAAAGGAUUAUUCUGUGAGGAGUUAUCGACAUUUUUGAUAUUCGUCCGAAACGGUACCUAUUGCGACGUCGGAACCAACCGCGUUUCCCGUCCGCUGUCCCCCGCGCAUUUGUCUUCCACGCUCAUAACUCGUCAACCCGGUGUCCCCAGAUCACCGGAGGCAUCGCGAUCGAGGGCGGAGACACCAGAGAGCAAGUGCUGAAGAUCUGGGAAGCCGGAGGAAGAUGCGGACUGAUCACCCCGUCAAUCCUACCGAGUACGAAAACUAGAGUUGAAGAUGCUGAUUAUUAAAGGUCGAUUUAGUGCUUCGGGUGUAAAGUAAAGACGUUUCGCUUUACAAAACCUCACCAUUUCGUCCGCUGGCCAUGAAACUUGGCACAGAGAUGCGGCUGACCGAUGCCGAUUUUUUGGCGGCAAAACGAAGGCAAUCGAAAAUGAUGCUGAAUUUUGAAGCCCGAUUCAAGAUUCACAGCAGCGUGUGUACACUUCAAACUGUAUCUCGAUAUCUUUAUUGAAAACAAAUCAAGUUGCUCCGCCAUCCGAGUCCAAGCAUCGAAUGCGUAUAGACUUUACGGACCUGAUGCAAAAACUCCGAGGUCAAAAGGAUUAUUCUGUGAGGAGUUAUCGACAUUUUUGAUAUUCGUCCGAAACGGUACCUAUUGCGACGUCGGAACCAACCGCGUUUCCCGUCCGCUGUCCCCCGCGCAUUUGUCUUCCACGCUCAUAACUCGUCAACCCGGUGUCCCCAGAUCACCGGAGGCAUCGCGAUCGAGGGCGGAGACACCAGAGAGCAAGUGCUGAAGAUCUGGGAAGCCGGAGGUGUCAAGAAGCUGCGCAAUUAGAUGUCCCAUGGAUGUCUUAUAGGGAGUGAAUUUUUGGAUUUGUAUCGUACAUCGAAUCGGGCACUUUUUCGGCACGGUUCAGAAUCGGGCCUGUGUAUCGUGCUAUAGUAUUUUCAAGUAGUUGUAUGAUACGAGAAACUCGGGGAGGAUUGCCCAUGUUAUUUUCAAGUGUUUGUACGAUUGUAGCACGAUUCGAAAUUUUCAGCAAACAUUAGCGCUCCUUAUACAUAAGGUAAGAAGAGCUGUUGCGACGACAAGCUCCCCAACCACGGCCGCCACACGCUAUUUAUGUCCGUCUGUGGAUUCGGCUUUCAUACUCUUUUGUAUUCAUGCGUGAAUCGCAACAAUGGCGACAGCCCUGCCCUGGUAAGAAGCGCUGUUGCGACGACAAGCUCCCCAACCACGGCCGCCACACGCUAUUUAUGUCCGUCUGUGGAUUCGGCUU